AUGGGGAUGCCUCCCGCGACACCGAGGGAAUUAAGCAGGGGGAGUAGCAUUGUCAAGGCGGUGAAGGAAGAAUGUCAGCCAUUGCACUCCGUUAAGCAGGAGAAUGUUGAUGAUCCUUUGAAUGCCAGCUCAUCUCCAUCUGACCUUGGUGCCAAGAAUGAUGAUGCAUCCUUUGUCAAAGAGAUGAAGAAAGAGGAGGAAGAAAAGUUAUGUGAGGCCAAACGGAUGGAAGAAGUUGUGGGACUUGCUUCUGAUCCUAUGGCACGGUUUAACAAGCUUGAUGAGCUGCUGAAACAGACACAGCUCUAUGCAGAAUAUAUACUUGAGAAGGUGCUUGAAGAAUCUAGCAAUUAUAGCCCUGGUUAUGAUGCUACUCUCACAGAAGAAGAAAUGCGGGAAAAGGAGCAGGCCAAGAUUGCUCCGUUAGUGACGGGUGCGAAGUUGAAGCCUUACCAGAUAGAGGGUGUGAAGUGGCUAAUAUCGCAUUGGCAGAUUGGGGUUAAUGGGAUACUGGCAGAUGAAAUGAGACUUGGGAAAACAAUCCAGUCAAUUGCGUUUCUUGCUCAUCUCAAAGGGAAUGGUCUGCAUGGUCCAUACAUGAUAAUUGCUCCUGCAACCACUCUAACGAACUGGGUGGAUGAGAUCUCAAGGCUUGCUCCAUCUUUGACGUGUCUGAUUUACUAUGGACAUAAAGUGGCCCGAGAAGAGAUUAUGACAAAGUUCAUGGCCAAAACUAUUGGCUCUGAUUUUCCUAUAAUAGUUACUUCAUAUGAGAUGGCCAUCGCAGAUGCAAAACUUCUUGCUCAUUACAAGUGGAAGUAUGUUGUGUUUGAUGAGGUGAUGGAAAAGCAGGGCCAUCAGUUGAAAGACUUGGAAUGCGAAUUGUUGUUGGAUUUAAGGCGGCUGCCGAAGGAUAGUAGUCUCCUUUUGACCACGACACCAUUUCAAAAUAACCCAGCAGAGCUGUGGCCACUUCUGAACUUUGUUUUGCCUGAUAUAUUCUCAUCUCAUCAGGAACUGGAGUUAUGGGUUGAUUCUACUGGGGAAAGAGGUGAGGAACAACUAGAAGAAACUAUCGUCAAUAGAAGGGCCCUUGUUUUUUCAAAGCUUUGUGCUAUUUUGGAUCCGUUCCUUCUAAAGCAGACAGAGAAGACUGCUGAAAAUAUGCCUCCACGAAUGAAAGGUGCUAUGUGCCCCAACAACAAAACUGUUAAGAACAAGGAUGCAGUUAACCUCUCGAAAGAUCAUGCAAUAAGAGAUGCUGCGAGGUCUGGCGGUCAGCGUUCUCAAGAGGCAGCAGCAGAGGCUGCUUAUGAAAACGAUGGUGAAGGUAGUCUUAAUCUGCCAUCCACUCAACUGGGGCCAGAAGUUAAUCAUAAGGCUAAGCGGCCACGAACCGAUGAUGCAGUUCUGUCCCUGCUUGGAGAAAUCAAAAGCACAUUUCAAGCUUCUUUCAAGCCAGCUGAGCCUGUGCAAGUGCCAAAGGCAACUUCCCCUCGAGAAAUCUUAGAGGCACUCAAACAGAUACCUGACUUGUCCAGUGCUGAUUUUCUGACGGCCUAUAGUAGUCUGAUCCGUGAUGAUCGCCAGUUUGAAUCUCUUAUGGUGCUCCCAGUGAGCAUGAGGAAGGACUGGCUGCUCAUGGAAACUGGAAAGAAGUGA